CCACCUCAACUUCCAUUGCACGUCCUCAUGAAAGUCACUGUUUAUGAUUCCGACAAUAAACCGAUCUCCGGCUGAUCUUCUCGUUCCGAAGCCGCUGCGCUGAGUCGACUCAACCACCGAAUCGGCCAAUUGCGUCCCCUCAGCAAUAUAGCUGCUCGCUUUUCAACAAAAACGCGUCUUCAAAGGUAGCCUUGCUGGUCUGGUGGUCCACUGAGGACGCUCACCCUGCGGCGGGUGGGACUAGAGAACGAUGGUGUUUACCGAACAGGAUAUCGACAACCUGCGGGCCUCACUACAGGAUGCUGUGGUCAAGUGCUCCGAGAGAUGUCUGUAUCAGUCGGCAAAAUGGGCCGCCGAGCUGCUGGACUCCCUUCCUGAGCCGCCAACAGGUGAAGAUGCUGGUGUCAAGGUCACAAACACACCUAGGGGCUACAUGCCUGCCAUACUAACACCGAAUCCCGACGAGGUAGAGGCUGAGCUCGAGGCCUUGGAGUUCAAUAAAUAUAUCAUGGCAAAGUCCUUCUUCGACUGUCGUGAGUUUGACCGGUGCACAGCCGUGUUUCUUCCAGAUGCCCUGCUGUCCAGCAUCCUGUCUCCCAGAAACGAAGACACGCCGCUCAGUUCCCAAGCAAAGGGCAAGGAGGCUGCAAGUUCCAAUGCAUAUGUAUCUGGCAGCAGUAGCCUUCCUGAGAUCAGCCAGAAGAGCUUAUUUCUAGCCCUGUAUGCCAAGAUGCUAUCCGGCGAGAAGCGAAAGGAUGAGGACACUGAGAUGGUUAUGGGCCCGCAGGACCUCGGCUCGGUCUGCAACAAGCAGCUGCCUCUCAUCAGCCGGUAUCUGAAGACCUGGUUUGACGAGAGGCGGGCGUCACCCGAGGACAUAUCAUACGAGGGUAGCCAGGGCUGGCUUGAAUAUCUAUACGGCAUGGUCUUGGCCAAGGAAAAGAACACUGAUGAGGCUCUGCAGUGGUUCUUGCGCAGUGUCCACCUCUUUCCAAUGAACUGGGGCUGCUGGCUUGAGAUGACUGGGGCCAUCAGCCGACCGACCAAUGAGCUUCAGACCGCUCUGGCACAGCUUCAGGAAAUCUUUCCUGAUUCUCCAUUCCUGCUCACCUGUUCAGCCCUGUACUUGAAUCACACCAAAGCAUUGAAAGAGGCCGCAGCAGAAUUCAGCCACCUUCUCUCCCUACACCCUCACCGCCUUGACCAUCUCGACAUCUACUCCAACAUUCUUUUCGUGCUAAACGAGAGACCGAAGCUGGCCUUUCUAGCCCACCUCUGCUCUAGUGUUGACAAGUUUCGGCCCGAGACGUGCGUUGUGGUUGGCAACUACUAUUCGCUGCUCUCGCAGCACGAGAAGGCUGUUCAAUAUUUCCGUCGGGCCUUGGCCUUGGACCGAUCGUGUCUGUCGGCCUGGACACUGAUGGGGCACGAGUAUGUAGAGCUCAAAAAUACGCACGCCGCCAUCGAGUCGUACCGUCAUGGCGUGGACAUCAACCGGAGGGAUUACCGUGCCUGGUAUGGUCUUGGCCAGACGUACGAGAUGCUCGAGAUGUACCAGUACGCCCUCUGGUACUACAAGAAGGCGGCAGGCCUGCGACCGUGGGACGGCAAGAUGUGGAUGGCUGUUGGUUCCUGUUUACAGAAGCUGGGCCGAGAGCGAGACGGGAUCAAGGCUCUGAAGCGGGCACUGCUUGCUGACACCUACUAUGAAUCGUCAACGAGCAGCUUCGGAAGUGCCGCUGGUUUCGACAGAGCUGCACUGGGUCAACUGGACACGGAUGUCCUGAUUCAGAUUGCUACAAUGUACGAAGCCCUGGACGAAGAAGAGGAAGCAAGAGCCUACAUGGAGCUGUGUGUGGCACAGGAAGACGGCAACGUGGACGGCAUAGAGGGUAGCGCCGCCAUCGAGUCUGCCGGAGUCCUUUCCGACGAGGAUCAAGACAGUGGUGAGGACAGAGAGAAGAACCAGGGCACGGGCGUCACAACAGUGACCAGCAAGGCGCGUAUGUGGCUGGCCAAGUACGCACUGCGGCAUGAGGACUUUGUCACUGCGAACCGGCUCGCGAGCGAGCUCUGCCAAGAUGGUCAAGAUGUCGAGGAGGCGAAGGCCAUCAUGCGAGAUGCACGCGACCAGAUGGAGUUUGCCGAGGGACACGGAGUCGGAUAGGAACGGUUGUUCUUUGGGAGAUACAGACGAUGAAUCUCUGAAGAACCUCUACGUC